CAAGUCCCACCAGCUAGCUGACACAGUAAUAAUGGUGAAAUGAGGAAUGAAGCCUACUCUGAACACGACAGUAGCAUGAAGCUUAGUGGUGUCUUACCCUUCUAAGCAUGUGGAUAGAUCUGCUUGUUCAGACCGUGGUGUGGUUGGUUUCCUGAACAACUCUCAAGGAUCCUGUCACCUCAGGAGGCAGGUACCUCAUGAAUAUGGAGAUCUGCCUUGAGGCUCCGUAGCCUGUAGUCACAUCCUCUACCAGUGGAGAAGUUGCUACUUGAUUGAAAGGCACGGAUUUAUGGAGGGCUGCAGCAUGGUGAAAUGCCUGACUUCCCUUGCAGGGAACUCUGCAGAGAACCCAGCAGGGUCUCUGCUGAUUUCUAGCCAGUGCUCGACCAGAAACCAGGCUGUCCUUUCAGGGCCCUACAGUGGAUCAAGACACAAGUGGAGGAUACUGCUCUGUUCGCUUCCAAAUGCCUCAGCUCGGAAACUGUUCCUGAUGGUGUUAAUUAUCUUUGUUUUCUUGGUUGUCUUCAUGGCUUCAAAAGACAGCACAGAGUUCAUGUUUCACUUAAACAAGCCCAUCAUUCUGAGCCGAUGGCACAUCUUCAAGGAGUUCUUGAACUCGGAAGCGAUUCAGAGCACACCAGCCUCAGUAGAGGCAGAGCUGGGAGUCACGGCAAUCCUGGAGAAGCUAAACCAGCAGAUCCCACCCAGACCUUUCCACAAGCAAAGCAGCACCACCAGCGCCAAACAGAGCACGGCCACCAUCCUCAACCCUCAGCGCACAUACUGUAUGGGAGACCAGCUGAACGUCUGGUUGGUGGCCAAGGACUAUUUUGGUCACAGGAAGGAGUAUGGUGGGGACUUCCUGAGAGCCAGGAUGUCCUCCCCAGCCCUGAAGGCAGGUGCUUCUGGAAAGGUGACAGACUUCAACAAUGGCACCUACCUCGUCAGCUUCACUCUGUUCUGGGAGGGCCCUGUCUCCCUGUCUAUCCUGCUAAUGCACCCCAGUGAAGGAGUGUCAGCUCUCUGGAGAGCCAGGAACCAAGGCUAUGGCAGAAUUAUCUACACUGGUCAGUUUCUUAAUGGCACCUCCCCUGUCCUCACCGAAUGUGGCUUUACCUUAAACACAAGUGCGGAGCUGUGUCAGUAUCUGGAUGCUCGAGAUCACGAAGCCUUCUACUGCUUGAAGCUUCCGGGUGUUCCCUGUGAGGCCUUGACCCAUAUGACAAGCAAGAAUAGUGAUGUAUCCUACCUCAGUCUUAAGGAGAAGCUCCUUUUCCAGAGGCUCAACAUAGGAGUUGAAGUGGUGAAGAAUUUGUCCAUCACGGCCUCACUGUGUAACAACACGACCAAGAACAAGAAAAAGAAAUGCCAGAUUGGAAUGAAGACUCCCUUCCCCAGUGGCUAUACUUUGAGAGGAAGGUGGAUUACAGCACAUUGUGAACAGAAUGAGUUCAGGGCGACUCAAGACAUAAAUAAUUGCUUGGCACGAAAACUGAUUUACCUCAUGGGUGAUUCAACACUGCGCCAAUGGGUUUACUACUUAAACAAAGUUGUGAAAACCUUAAAAUUUUUUGAUCACCACGGAGCCGGACUCUUUAAAACUCACAUCCUUCUGGAUACUGAGCGACAUAUUUUGGUUCAGUGGAAAAAACACAGCCAUCCUUUUGUUACUAAAAAGCAGUUCUCCAUGAAAGAUGACAACUAUAUUCCUCGGGAAAUUGACCAGGUGGCAGGAGACAGUGGAACAGCAAUUGUCAUUGGUAUUGGCCAGCACUUCAGACCCUUUCCCAUCAACGUUUUCAUCCGUAGGGCCAUCAACAUCAAAAAGGCCAUAGAGAGACUGUUCUUACGGAGCCCCGAGACCAAGGUGAUAAUUAAAAUGGAAAACAUCAGAGAAAUAAAUGAAAAUGCAGAGAUAUUCAGUGACUUCCAUGGAAGCAUUCAGAAUCUUAUUAUAAGGGACAUUUUCAGGGACCUCAAUGUGGGUAUCAUUGAUGCUUGGGACAUGACAAUUGCAUAUCGCAGUGAGGAUGUCCAUCCACCUGAGAGCGUGAUUGAAAGUCAGAUUGGCAUGUUCUUAAACUACAUUUGCUAGAGGGUCAUAAGGUGGAGAAAAUGUCUCCAGCCCCCCUACCUCUGUUCUCUCUAACCUCAUAGGUACUUGCAUAGACAAUACAAUCUGACACAUGUGUGGCAGGAAUUUCCCUGCCCAAUCUGUUUUAAAUAUUAGUGUAGCAGGAGAACUGUGAUUGAACAGGAAAAAGGGAGGCAGAACGAAGUGUGGAGAGAGAGAGAGAGAGAGACAGACAGAGAGAGUGAGAGGGGAGGUGAAAAUGGAGGCAGGCAUGGAGCAGCAUGGCUUUAACUAGCCAUAGGUAGAUAUGAUACAAAAAAGCUAGCAUGAUUGGGAUAACUUGUCUAAGCUGUGUUGGCAUCUUACCAUUAUCAACUGGCCUUAAAAUUAUUGUGUGGGCAUCUUGUGUUUUGAGAAUUGUUGAUAUAUAAAUUUGUUUGUUUAAUUAUAAGCUUUAAGAGUUUAAAUUUUCCCAGGUUACUGGGUAUUGUGAUAUCUAACUUCUAGGUUGGCCGGGGAGCUAGGCCAGUGGGACUGAAAUGGCCAGCUGGUGCUGGGCAUAGUGUGGGAACUUGGUGGCAGAGCUGGGAAGCUUGCCGCCCGUCUCUUUUCUAAUAUCUCCUGCUACACACAUGAGGAAGCGAAUAUUGAGAGUUGUAGCUAAAUGUACAUACCAUAAAAUUUGCCAUUCAAAUCACUUUUAAUCCUCCAACUCAGUGGUGCUAAGUAAAGUCCUAUGUCACACCACCGUUAUUAUAAUACAUGUUUUGAACAGUUUUAUUAAUCCCAAAUGGAAAUAUCAAACCCAUUAAACACCCACUCUUCACUUCCUCUGAGCCUCAGAUCUUGGCAUCUACAGCUAUACUUCCGACCUCUAUAAAUUUGACUGUUUUAAACAUCUCAUAUACAUGAGAUAAUAAGAGUCACUGAACUCGUACCUGGUUUCUUUCACUUAGCACAAUGUCUUUAAGGUUCAACCAUGUGAAAUGUAUGAGAAUGUCUUCUUUUUUGAAGAGUGAAUAUUUUUUUUUCUGUGUAUGUACUAUACUUUGAUUUUUGGUUUAUUUGUUGAUGAACAUUUAGUUUAUUUUUGCCUUUUAGGCACUAUAUAUCUCAGGGCUGUGGAGAGGAUUACACAUUUAAAGCCUUGUUUCCUCUUCUAAGUUUGAUGUUUAAGUAGUAAAUUAUCACUAUUUCUUAUUUUUAAAUGUUAUUUGAUUAUUUAUGUGUAUGAGUGAGUGUGUCUGUUACUGAAUGUCAGGUGUGUUUGAGGAUGUCUGCAGAGGCCAGAAGCGGGCUUCAGAUCUUUUAGAGCUGGAGUGGUUGUGGCCUGCCCGAUGUGGGUGCUGGGAACUGAACUCUGGUCCUCUGGGAGUAUGGCAAGUGCUCUUAACCAUUCAGUCAUCCCUCCAGUCACUGCUCUCCUUACUUUAAAGACAUGUGCAGUCCAGAAACACAUAGAUUUAAUGAUCUGCUCAGAGAAAAGAUAGUGCCUAGAAGAAAACUUCACAGGACCACAAUGACAGUGUUCUUGCUUAGAAAAAUUCCUUAAGAUUUGAUAACCAGUUGUUGCUUGGAUUCUACUGUGAUUCAGCAGCCACAGUCUAAAGCCUCCAAACUCACUGCAUAAAACCAUCUUCACAUUAUGGGACUAUACAGACUUUAAGAUUCUGAUUCUAGGUGACCCAAGAAGUAUGAUACAGGAGUCUCUCCAGUGACCUCAGGUAACUUCAUAAGCUUUCUAGAAUCUUUCUCUUGAUAGAAAAUAUAAUUAUCUACUUCUCAAGAUUUGAUAUAUUUUUACUAAGGAUAAUUCCCAUGUUUGGAUUAUGUUUGUGAGUGAAAGCGAGUAAGACUAUAAAGUUAUAACAUUAACGCAACGGUCAGGCCAUACAGCUUUGGAGUAGACUCUUAAACAACCCACAAUAAAAAUAUAAAAAUUAAA